CCCAUUCUAAAAAAGAGUGCUCAAAAUAGUUUAUUACAACCAUUUUUUCUAGUACAAAAAGAGUUAAUGAUGUAGACAUAUCAUAUAUAUGUAUAAGAGUUAUUAUAAAAUAGUAACACUAAUAGCUAGUAAUUGAAAGGGCUUGAAAGAAACGUUUGUCCGGGAAUCUAAAAAAGAGAAAGUGUAAAGCAAAAUCACACCCAAUACUUCCCCUUUGAGAAUCCUUUCAUCUAUGAUCAAACAAUUUGUCAUUCUUAGAGAAUACCCACAUGCAUUUAAUGGAUCAUGACAGCCUUGUUUAGAAAAAAAUAAACAAAAUAUCAAACAAUGUCACCUGUCGGACUCCCCCCCGGUUUCAGAUUCCAUCCCACCGACGAAGAACUCGUAAGUUACUAUCUCAAACGCAAAAUUCAUGGCCUAGAAAUCGAACUCGACAUCAUCCCCGAAGUUGAUCUCUACAAAUGCGAACCAUGGGAGUUAUCAGAGAAGUCGUUCUUACCAAGUAGAGACCCCGAAUGGUAUUUCUUCGGACCAAGAGACCGAAAAUAUCCAAACGGAUUCAGAACGAAUAGGGCAACUCGAGCCGGGUAUUGGAAGUCGACUGGAAAGGAUAGAAGGGUAAUGUGUAAUUUGCAAGGUCAGCAAAGUAAAGCAAUUGGAAUGAAGAAAACACUUGUAUAUUAUAGAGGAAGAGCUCCUCAAGGAAUAAGAACAGAUUGGGUUAUGCAUGAAUAUAGACUUGAUGAUAAGGAAUGUGAUCAAGAUGCAUCUGGAAUUCAGGACUCUUACGCGUUAUGUCGCGUCAUGAAGAAAAACAACAUCGCAAGCACUGAGCAUGCAUCAACUGACAAUGCCCCUUCUCCAUGCAACACUCAACAAUUAGUUGCGAAUGCCAUGAUCAAUUACGAAAACGAUGAGACCUCCAACUCACCCUCUCUUUUGUACACCCCCAACAAUUAUGAUCUCCCACUUACAGGACCCUCAACGUCUCUAUUAACAUUUUCACAUCCCAACUAUAACGUUAACAAUUACAGCUUCAUAGAAGACGAAGUAGAAGCAGUGGUUGAUCAACAACCACAAGAUUUAGAAGACAAAGACGAUUCAUGGAUGCAGUUCAUUGUCAAUGAGGAUCCCAAUGCCGAAUAUUGUUCAUCUUCUUGUAACUCCGGAAAUGAUGGGAUUCAACACUUUUGAAUCCAAUUUGACAUCUUAAAUUAAUCAAAUGAAUGGAGAGAAGGAAUAUAUACAAUUUUAAUUUACCCUAUUGAUUCUUGUAACUCAUGUUAUACAAUAUGAUUGUACUCAUGUUACUAGUAAAGUGGUGGCAUACCUUGGAAAAUUACUUAUUUUGGAGUGUUUUCAUAUAGUUUCAACUUCAAAUUUGCAUUUUCUUGGCAAACUUGUGUACUUAAUGUGUUCAAUGUUUAAUCUUUAUUGAGUGGACAAAUUAUAUAGUUUUGACA